AAAUAAAUGAAGAAAUUGAUGUGGAAGAAGUGAAAAUUAAACAAGAAGAGAUAAAUGAAAAUGACAAUGUUGUUGAUGAUUUGGAGCGGAGCCCAGAGCAAUUGAUAGGAGUUAACGAUGAUAUUUUGGACGACAAAUCAUGGGUUGUUGCGUUUAUGAAGCGGGAAAUGGAAGGUGUUUUAGAAGAGAAUUUGAACUUCAAUGGUAAUGAAGGUGCAAACCAGAAUUCUGUUGAAAAAGAGACUCCUGCUUCUGAUGAAGUUGUAAAAUCUCUCAAGCAUAUGGAUGACAUUUCAAGAGUGCAAGAAGGUGGCGAUAACGAGGGAAACAUUGACAAUGUCUUGAAAUCACCUGUGCACAUGGAUAAUUGUUCUAGAGUUCAGGAAAGUGGUGAUAAGGAAGGGAAGGGUGCAAAUGGUGUGAAAAACGACGACUACAAUGAAGAUAACAAUGCCAUCCAAUCACCUGGACACAUGAAUGACUUUUACAGAGUCCAAGAAGGUGGUGAUGGGGAAGGAAAGAGUGCAGAUGAAAGGGAGGGAAAAGAUAAUGUAAAAAAUGCAGAACACAGCAAAGGUAAGAAUGUUAUGAAAUCACCAGGGCAUCUGGAUGACUUUCUUAGAGUCCGAGAGGGUGGUGAUGAGGAAGAGAAAAGAGUGGAUGAUGUGGAAGAUGAUGAAGAUAACAAUGUCAUUAAAUCACCUGCACAUAUGGAUGACAUUUCUGGAGUUCAAGAAGGCAGUGCUGAGGAAGGAAAGACCGUGUGUGAAAGGGAGAGCAUAGAUGGUGUUAAAGAUAACAAAGGCUACAAAGUUAACAAUUUCAUGAAAUCACCAGGGCAUGCAGAUGAAUUUAUUGGAGUCCAAGAUGAUGGUGAUGAGGAAAUGAAGAGUGCAGAUGACAGGGAAGAUAAUGGAGAUGGUGAAGAUAACGAAGUCAUGGAAUCACUUGGGUAUUUGGAUGACUUUUCUAGAGUUCAAGAAGUAAUUAAUGAGGAUGGAAAGAGCGCAUGCGAAACGGAGAGCAUAGCUUGUGCAAAAGAUAAUGAAGUUAACAAUGGCAUGAAAUCACCAGGGCCUGCGGGUGAAUUUAUUGGAGACCAAGAUGAUGGUGAUGAAGAACUGAGGAGUGCAGAUGAUAUGGAAGAUGAUGGAGAUGGUGAAGACAACAACCUCAUGGAAUCACUUGGACAUUCAGAUGACUGUACUGAUGUCCAAGAAGGUUGUGAUGAAGAAGGGGACAUUGCAGAUGAUGUGGAAGAUAAUGAGGACAGUGAUGAUACCGAUGAGGUUGAAGAUCCUUCUCUAACCAGCUCAGGGAAACAAAGGCAACUAGAAAUCCAUGUGACAUCUGUUCAUGUUAAAGGGCUAGUGAAAUCCUGGAAUGUAAAGAAGCUGGAAGAGCUUUGCAAACAGUAUGGAGACAUCAUAAAUGUUUGGUUACCUCGAAAUUUUGGUGCUAAACACAAGGAUUUUGGAUUUAUCGCUUUUAGUUCUCAUAAAGGUGCACUUGCUUGUGUGGAAGGGAUCAAUAAGACACAGCUUGGAGGAGAAACUAAGGUUAAAGCUGACCUUGCCAAGACAAGAUUUAGAGGUGCAGUGCAGAAGAAAAGGAGAUGGGGUAAACAUCAUGCAAAGUACGAAGAGGUUGAAACUGAAAUAAAAGCACAAGCUCAUGGUAACAAGUCCAAGGGAACUAGAAAAGGAGGAAGGGGCAUUGCUAAAGAAGAGAUUCAAGCUCCUUCAUUGUUGAAUAGUACUAAAGAAGGCAAACCAAACAAUCAUCGAACCAGUUUCAGUGAAUGUCAGGAUGCCAACUCAGUAAAAACAGCUCGUAAGAUAAAGAAUUUGCCUCAAAAAAGGAAUGAUCGUGGGAAGAGAAAGAUUGACCAUGAUCUUAGUAGUAGACAAUCAAAGAAAUCUAGAGGUAAUGCUCAAGGUAGGCAAAUCAAUAGAAAUUCAGCGAGGAAACCUCACCGCGAGGAGGGGAGCAGCACAAUUUCUGGAUCCAAGAGGCACCGAUCAGAUAUGGAACCCCAUGCUGGAUAUAUAGAACCUGCUACAAGGAAACCAGCUCAACAUUAUGCAGGGUAUGCUGAGGCUGCUCAUUGCCAUCAAGGGCAAUCUCAUUUAAGUUACCUUCAACACAGCUUUCAGAAUCAAAGCCAACCUUCUGUUAGAUACAUCGAACCUGGCCUUGGAAGACAAGCCUUACCUCAUGCAGGAUAUAUUGAGCCUGCUGCAGAAAAGCAAGGCUUUGUUGCUAAUGAUCAUAGUUUGAGAAGAGAUGGCAGGUACAGUGGUCAAGGCAACCAGGGAUCUGCUUAUGUGAGAGAGUCAGGUGUUCCAUCUUCCUAUGCUCAAUAUUACACAAGCAUCUCUGUCUAUCAGGGUGUUGCUGGCGUUAGUAGGUAUCAUCACAGCGGUGGAACAUACCUGCCUCAUCAAUAGUACUAUUGAAUAUUUGAUAGGUAGAGCCUGAAACAAUAUGGCUCUUCUAGGUAUCUCCCAUGAAAAUCAACUUAUUUAUCGACUCCUCUUCUCACAUGUAGAUUUUUUCAGAGGAAAUAAAUCACUGUACGUUUCACAUUCA